AUGAAUAAUUUGACUAAAUCAAAAGCCCCUGAUACAAGAAAGAAGCCAUAUCAUUGUGAUGUCUGUGGUAAGUCAUUCGGUGAAGAAAGAGUCUUAACUAAACACAAAUGCAUUCAGAGAGGAGGGAAAUCACAUCACUGUGAUGUCUGUGGUAAAUCAUUCUCUCAAAAUAGUAAUUUAACUAGUCACAAACGUAUUCAUACUGGGGAAAAACCAUAUCACUGUGACAUUUGUGGUAAAUCAUUUACUGAGUCUGGUUACUUGAAAUCACACAAACGUGUUCAUACAGGAGAGAAACCAUAUCACUGUGAAAUUUGUGGUAGGUCAUUCUCUCAAAGGAGUACCUUGACUAAACAUACGUUCACACAUACAGGAGAGCAGCCAUUUCAUUGUGAUAUCUGUGGCAAAUCAUUCUCUAGAAAUAGUGAAUUGACUUGGCACAAACGCAUUCAUACUAGGGAAAAUCCAUACCAGUGUGAAAUCUGCUGUAAAUUAUUUUCCACAAAUAGCUCUUUAGCUCGUCACAGACGUAUUCAUACUGGGGAAAAGCCGUAUCAAUGUGAUAUCUGUGGUAAAUCAUUCUCUCAAGGUGGUGACGUGCUUAAACACAAACGUACUCAUACAGGUGAGAAGCCAUAUCAUUGUAAUAUCUGUGGUAGAUCAUUUUCUGGAAGUAGUGACUUGAUUAAACACAAACGUAUUCAUACAGGAGAGAAGCCGUAUCAUUGUAAUAUCUGUGGUAAAUCAUUUGCUGACAGUAGCACUUUAAAUUGUCACAAACGUAUUCAUACAGGAGAGAAGCCAUAUCAUUGUGAUAUCUGUGGUAAAUCAUUCUCCCAAAGUGGGGGCUUGUCUAAUCACAAACGUACCCAUACGGGGAAGAAGCCACAUGAUUGUGAUAUCCGGUGAAUCAUUCUUUAGCAAUAGUAACAAGCAUAUUCAUACUGGGGGAAAACCCAUAUCAGUGUGAUAUCUGUGGUAAACCAUUCUCGGCAAAUGGCCUUUUAA